ACGCUUAGUUCGCGUUCGGUUAUCAAUGAAAUAAGUGCUAUUACAAAAGAAAGGUAUUAAUCGUGAAAGGUAGAAAGGAAGACAAAGAUCACGCAUAAGAUGAAACAGAUUGUAGUUCUCGGAGCCGGAGUUAACGGUCUAAGUGCUGCCGUCCAGUUGGCUGAGUAUUACUAUAAUGUGGCAAAAGUUACGCUGAUCUCGGAGGAUGUAACUCCCAACACAACUGGUGAUGUGUCGGCGGGGCUCUGGGGUCCAUACUAUUGUGGAAAAACUCCAGAUCAUAAGAUCGUAAAAUGGUCCGCGGAUACUCACGUCUUCUUCCACCAGCUGUGGAAGAACGGGCUUGCCGCUCGAUUAGGAAUCAGUCUGCAGCCCUGCUAUCGGCUCACAACGGACCCUAAAGGUUACCCGGAACCCUCCUGGAAGGAUAUCGUGUUCGGCUGCGUCAAACUGUCGCAGAAGGAGUUGGAUCGUUUGAGCUACGAGCACGGCCGAAGCUACACUGGCGGUUACCACUUUGCGACCUUUACGUGCCAGCCGAUGGGGCUGCUACCGUAUUUGUUCAACCGAUUCAUCAACGUGGGCGGAAAAUUCAUCCAGACCAAGGUGGAUAGCAUCGAAAGUGUUCUGCGCAAUCGAACUGUGGAUUUGAUCGUCAAUUGCACCGGAUUGGGUUCGUUGACAAUGCUUGGCGAUGGGGACAUGCUACCGAUACGGGGACAGAUCGCGCGAGUUAGCGCGCCUUGGGUUUUCGAGAUCAUCCUGGACGAUAGUGACGAUGGGAACUAUGUGAUACCAAACACUGAAACGGUGAUAUUGGGUGGAACCCAUCAGAUGAAUGAUUUCAACCGAAAUGUCAGCAAGGAAGACAGCAAAUUCAUUUUCGACGGUUGCGAACGAAUGCUGCCAAGUUUGAAGAAUGCUUCGCUGGUUAAGGAACAGGUGGGAUUGCGGCCGGGUCGUAGUACUGUACGACUAGAAUUGGAACACUACAAAGCAGGUAAUCUAAAAGUGCCGAUCAUCCAUAACUACGGCCACGGUGGAUGUGGGGUAACGUUAGCUUGGGGUUGCGGAGCGGAAGUUUUGGAGCUUAGCCAAACGCUUGGUAUAGAUGACAAUAACAAAUCCAAACUAUAAGAUACCGGGCGUGUUCGGAUUCAAUCAACUAACGCUCAAUUCCCGUUAGAGGUGCGUCGCUUAUAACACACAAACAGAUAUAUUCCUCAUAAUAGCUGAUAAUGAUAAGUUUCGAAUAAAGAAAAUCUUAACACAAUAGCAGUUUGCGUAUCGUCAACUUGUAAAGAUAUGCGCAACUGGACUACCAACUACCUAAA